AUGGCGCAUGCAAUGCGCCUAGGUGAAGUGCCCCCAGUCUUCAAAAUCGACCUCUCUCUCCCUCCAUCACAAAGAUACAUACACGUCGCAAGACAAUACCGCAACCACCUAGUUUCCAUAACAGGUCUCUUCGACCAACUCAUCGCCGAUGCCCUCCCCAAAUCCCUCUUACCAUGGAUCAAAAGACUAUCACGCAUUUUCCUGCGCCGCCUAUACACCCAUGAAGAAACAGAAGAAAUCAAAGGCAUCAGCCGCGCCACAGGAAUAGAAAUGUACCUAUUAGUCUCAUUCAACGUGCUCCUGGACCUACUAAUGGGCUGCACAAGCGGUGCAGCACUAACAAAACUCGACAACCCCGCAGGGGGGCAAUCGCAACCUCGACUUCUGCAUUUCCGAACCCUAGACUGGGGUAUGGACGAGCUCCGAAAGUUGCUCGUCUGCUUUGAAUAUGUCCGCGGACCGGAUUAUGACACCGUCCUGGCGACGAACAUCACCUACAUUGGCUUUGUGGGCGUCUUAACCGGUGUCAGGAGAGGACUUAGUGUUUCUCUGAAUUUUAGACCGAACCAUGAUACGAGCAGUUGGCUGCGUAAUUAUCGCUAUUAUGGAAGUCAUUUACUUGUGCUUCUCGGAAUGCGACGGUCUGUAUCCUCUCUGCUAAGGAGAUAUAUCAUUCCUUCGGAUGGGUUGUCUCCCCUGCCCGCUCUCGACGAUGUCUGGCCGACGGUAAUGCGGACACCGUCUACAGCUGCAUACCUGAUCUUUUGCGAUGGGGUCGAUGCAGUGGUCCUGGAAAAGGACCACCGGACAGCUCACGUAGAACGACAAUCUUCUUUCAUCGUCGCAACAAAUAGUGACCAUGUCACUCCCUCAGCGACAGAAAACAGACACCAAGACGACCAUGUCGGUGCAGCCCUAGGGACAGGGGUGGCUGUCUCGGUCGUGGACCUCAUCGAAGACAGCGAAGAACGGAGGAAAUUCAUGCAAGCGCACUGGGAUAAGAAAGUCAGGCAGGCGAGGAAGGCAGCCUUAAUCCCAGAAUGUACAUACUCAACUGCCCGCCAAGAUCCUAUGAGACGCACUCGCGCGUCUCAGAGACGGGGAGGCCGAUCGGCAUAUGAAAUCAUUCCGAAUGGGUCCUCUUUGCAUACUCCUAGCUCGGGUACGUUGGUGGACUCCCAAGUCACAGCUACGCUUCAGGAAGUUAUUAAAUGGACGACAACAUACCCGACUACUAAUGAGAUGACCCAUUUCGCGGCGGUGAUGGAUCCCACGGAGGGAAAGGUUGUCUGGAUUAGGCGGUACUUGGAACCAUUAGAAUUCGAUACACACUAUUAA